AAUAACUUUUCCAGGAACACAGGUGUUUUUGUUUUGAAGACGAAAGGCUAGUCAGUGCUGUCAGUGAAAAUGCAAGUUUGUGUUCGGAUUGUGCAGCUGCACGUGCUUGCGAUAAAUUUGUCGAAGUUUAUAGAGUGGUAAAUGUAUCAUUGGACGAUGAUCAAAGAGACGAAGACAAUUUCUGUUUGGCUCGUAACUGUUCUACCGAAACACCAAUCUACUCAACAACAAAAUGUGACAGUUAUUCAAAAGCAUACUGUCGUAACAAGAUGGAGGCUAAUAGCGGGAUCACGACAUUCAUCUCCCUUCUUGCAAACUGCAAGACGCGGCAUUGGACAUAUCCGUUGCUAUAUUCAAAUACCAUUUGUAAUCAAACUGAACCAAGAUACCAAAAUAUAAUGUACUGGGUUGGUGUAUACAGACAAACAUUACACUUUACAAGUCUUGAUGAAUUAGAUUUGACGGAUUUCAUCAACAUUGAAACUUAUAUUAGUAAGUUUGAAUAUUUGUCACCGAACAACAAUCACACAGGAUAUUGCAAACAAUCAACAAAACUUAAUUUUAUGUGUAAAUCAGUUGAUGAAUUGAGCACUACAGAUUAUGAUAGUACUGUAACAACUUAUGUGACUUCAGGUUUUCCUGAUGAGUUAACCAGUAGCUCAACUACAGUUCUUAGCAAUGAUACAAGUAAUGAUAUGACUGACACAGAAGAAGGCAGGCUUGGUAUGAUUGUUGGAGUUACUAUGUCAAUAAUUGUUGUUAUGGUGAUAAUAGUUGUAAUACUGGUACUCAUUUUCAGGAAGAUACAUACAAAAAACCUGAAUUUGAAUUAUUAUACAAUAGGAAAUAUUCCAGAAGUUCAUUAUCAUGACAUUGACAUAUCAAACGGGGAUUACGAUUUACCAAAUUAUGCAUCUGAUAAUAUAGACAAGACCAAAGAUGAUAAAGUAACAUAUGUUGGGGCAAUAUCUGGUGUUUGCGAUCUAUUACACGAGAAAGAUAAUAGAAAAAAUAGAACAAAAAUACCGAACAAACACGCAUGGAAACUUGAUGGAGUCAAGAUGAAAGUUUUCACUUUGAACUCAAAUCUCACAAUUGAUCAAUGUGGAAUUGAUACAAUAAACAAUCAGAUGUCAAGUGAUUAUUUAACAGUAACAGCAACCACUGACACAAACACAUUAAAUAAACAACUAGAUAAUGCGGGCUAUCUACAGUUAGAAAAUGUUGAAAAAGAAGAAAGCACAAAAGCUAAUUCUCAAUGUCAGAUAACACACGGUGUAGACACUGACCCUACAUACGAUUACCCCAAGAACAUAAUUCCGAGAGAAAACCAAAGCAGUUAUGAUAAAUGAAGCAUCCAAAAGUAACAUAAUAGUCACUUUUUUGUGAAAUUUAAGGUAGUCUUCCACAUCUCUGAAUGUAAAAUAGCAGAAUGCAAUAGGUAUAAAUUUUCAAUCAAGUCAGCAAUGUCAACGAAGGAUUGCAAUUAUAACUAAUAUUUUUUUACAAAAGUUUAACAGUUUUGCUUGAUUUUAAAAUAUUCUAACUCAAUGCUUUUAUGGGAGGUCACUCAUAGAUUGUAUAAUUUAUUUUUGAAUCCACAGGAAAGUUUUCAAUUUGAUGUUUUAGCAUGCAUACGAUGUCCCUAUUUUUCUUUUGAUAUUCUGAAAGCAUUUUAUAAGAUGUACAUUGUAUCUACUGGUAUCUUAUUUCAAAAUAAUUUCAUUUAGUUUACCUUCUAACCACCUAAUGAUACUUUUUCUCUCUAUAAUCCAUAAAAAGUGUGGAAUGGUUUACAACCUAUAGCUAGAAGACAAGAUUGUAGAUCUAUCAUUUUAUUAUAUAUUUGCACAAAUUACAUUUAUAUUACAACAUAUUAUA